CAAUCUAUAUUUUGUUCAAUUCAUAUCUUGGCCACCUCUAAUAAGAAUAAUGAUCUCAACAUAUAUCUUAUUCUGUCUCUUUCAGAGAUGUCAGCAAGAUGCUUCAGUACAGAUCCAGUGAUCCGGAUUCUUCUGAUGGGCAGAAAGGGUUCUGGGAAAAGCUCAUCUGGAAACACAAUACUGGGAGAAAAGAGAUUUAAAGUACACAAACAGAAAAAGAAACAUGAGUCUGAAGUGUGUGAGGGUAAAACACAGAUCGGAGAGAAGCAGGUUUGUGUGAUUGAUUGUCCAGAUCUACUGGAUCCAGAUCUGAGUAAAGAGAAGCUGGAGAUGAUGAAAGGGCAGCUGGUCUCUGGAUGUUCAGCAGGUCUCAGUUCAGUUCUGCUCACCGUUCCUCUAGAGGAACCUGUGGGAAAUGAGGAAGAGAUCCUGGAUUCCAUUAAGAAUUUAUUUGGUCCUGAAGUUCAGAAGUACAUCAUGAUUCUGUUCACACAUGAAGAUGAGCUGGAGGAUCUGGAACAGACCAUUGAUGAAUAUCUAAAACAUCAUCCAGAUCUACAGCGACUGGUGACUGAAUGUGGAGGAAAGUUUCACUGCUUCAAUAACAAGAAGAAAGUGGAAGGUGUGGUCCCAGAACUACUGCAGAAGAUUGAAGGAGUGAUGAUGGAGAACAGUGGCAAUUUUAUCAUGGACCAAAUGAAGAGGAGAGACAGCAAAGAGACAACUGCAAUCAACUAUAAUGGUCCAAAUGCAAUUGAUGUGAUUCCUGAGAGGAAAGACCAGAUCAGGCUGGUUCUGCUGGGAAAAACUGGAGCUGGGAAAAGUGCGACUGGAAACACCAUCAUCGGCAGAAACGUGUUUGACUCUACCGUCAGUGCAAUCUCUCAGACGAAACAGUGUCGGUCAGAAACUACAGUGAGGAUUGGUAAAAAGAUCUCAGUGAUCGACACACCUGGACUUUAUGAUACUAAACUCAGUGAAAAGGAGGUUAUUUCUGAAAUAGUGAAAUGCAUAACUUACGCCUCUCCUGGACCACACGCUUUUAUUAUUGUGAUUAAAGUGGGUCGAUUCACGGAGGAGGAGAAAAACACCAUUAAGCAACUCAAAGAAGUGUUUGGAAGACAGAUGGAAAAAUAUUCUAUGAUCUUCUUCACUCACAAAGAUCUGUUAGAGAAAGAAAAGAAACCCAUUGAAGAGUUUGUUCAGGAAAGUGAUCCAGAUCUUAGAGAACUUGUAGAGAGCUGUGGAAACAGAUUCUUCUGUUUGGAUAAUGAGUCUCCCAGUUUCCCACAGUUCAGAGAUCUGCUCAGUAAAAUAGAGAAGAUGGUGGAAGAGAAUGGAGGGACACACUUCACCAAUGACAUGUUUGAGGAAACAGAGAAACACAUUCAGGAGAUUCAGAAGAAGAAACUGGCUGAUAAAGUCAAAGAGCAGAAACAGUCCGAAUGGCAGAAAAUAUUCUGGCAUUUAGUAGAGGAGUCAAGACAGGAAGCUAAACAGGCUUAUUCUGACACAUUCAUCGGAGAUCUUGUUUUGUAUAAUGUAAAUGUAUCAGAUAUACGUGAAGGCCUGAAGAAUGUGGUGAGCCCUGAAGAGAGAGAAAGCGCAGUAAAGGAAGCUGAGAGGAAAGGAAUCAGUCAUGGGAAGGCAUUAGGGCUUGCAAUGAAAGCUACACGGACACUAGCAAAACAGAAGAUGUGCAAAGUACAGUGAGAGACAAAAAUAAUAAUGUUCUGAUUGUGGUAAAUGUGGGGAAAAGUUUACACCAUAUGUUUUUAUUUUUGUGGGGCUGAGCAUAAUCAGAGGCAAAAAGAUCACAUGGCAGCUGAUUAAUUUUCUGUUUGGACAGGCAAAGCUGGCAAUUUAUAAAACAAGGAAGAACAGAAUCAAAAAUAGGUGUGGUCAAGAGAUUACGUCUUUAUUUAAAGUGCUUGUCAAAUAAAGGGGGAGAAAGUUAGGAUGAUUCUAAGGGCCCACGCACUCUACAGCUGAUUUUAUCAUGAUAUAACUCUGUGUCC